AUGUACGAUCACUUGAUAUGUACCCAAUUCCCGAAAGAAUAUACACUUUGGUUUUAUCACGGAGAGACUGAGGUAGGGGAUCCCAGUAGUAACGUCUCAAAUAGUGAUGCUUCAAAUGCUUUUGAUGAUUUUAAUCAAGAUUCUAUUCAUGACAUGCUUGGAGAUGCUUUUGGAACUGAUAUGCACUGGGCAAAUGAAGUCUCAUUAGAGUCAGAUGAAGACAUUGAUGGAGUUGAAAGAGUGAUGCCAGAUGUAGCUGAUGCAGCGGAGUUUGAAGAAUUAGCAAGUCAUGCAGAACUACCUUUGUAUGAAGGGUGUACAAGAUAUUCAAGAUUGUCCUUUUUGGUGAAGAUGUAUCAUAUUAAGUGUAUAUGUGGGAUGACUGACAAGGCAAUGUCGAUGAUAUUUGAACUCUUACAUGAUGCAUUUGAACAUGCAAAGAUUCCGAGUUCAUUUUAUGAAGCAAAGAAAACUAUCUUGAAGCUUGGUAUGAAUUAUGAGAAGAUACAUGCAUGCCCGAACAAUUGCAUGCUGUAUUGGGGUGAAGACAAGGAGAAAGAAAUGUGUAAAGUUUGCAACAGGUCUAGAUGGAAACUAGAUACAAAGGGUGGUGAGAUUCAAGAAUCAAAUGAUGGGAAUAUUAGGAAGAAGGUGCCUGCUAAAGUUCUUCGUUACUUUCCACUAAAACCUCGUUUGCAAAGGUUAUUUUUGUCUUCAAAGACAGCCGAGGCCAUGAGAUGGCAUGAUGUUGCUCCUAAGGAAGAUGGUGUAAUGACGCAUCCUAGAGAUUCAGAAGCUUGGAAGAUGUUUGAUUUAAAAAACACUUCAUUCGCAGAGGAUCCACGAAAUAUACGUUUGGCAUUAGCUACUGAUGGAAUUCUCUCUGGGUGGAACACGUACACUGGACUUGCUUGUCCAUCUUGUAACUUCGACUCUGUUCCUUUUCAACUUCCUCAUAGUAGAAAAUCAUGUUUCAUAGGACAUCGUCGUUUUCUUAAUCAAAGGCAUCGGUUUAGAUUGAAUAGGGUUCGAUUUAAUGGAGAGCAAGAAUUUCGCAAUCCACCGAAGAGGUUAUCUGGUCUUGAUAUACUUGAGCAAGUCAAGGACAUCAAUGUCACAUUUGGUAGAAAAGAAGAGGCAAAAGUUAGGGGGAAAAGAAGACGUGGUGAGCGUGCUGCAGAAGGUGCUAAGCAGUGGAGGAAGAAAAGCAUUUUUUUUGAACUUCCCUAUUGGAAGUAUAACCUAUUGUGUCACAAUCUUGAUGUGAUGCAUAUAGAAAAAAAUGUAUGUGAUAAUGUGAUAUACACGUUGCUAAAUGACAGCACCAAGUCAAAAGACCACCUCAAUGCUCGAAAAGAUCUUAAAGCUUUAGGCUGUAAACAAGAUCUUUGGCCAGAUGAGAAUGGAAAGUACGCUUCAGCUAUCUUUACACUGACUAAUAAAGGCAAGAAGGCUUUUCUGUCAACUUUAAAAAAUAUUAGUGUGCCAGACGGGUAUUCAAGUAACAUAUCUAGGUGCAUUGAUGUUGACAACCUUAAGAUCAAUGGGAUGCUAAAAAGCCAUGAUAAUCACAUAUUAAUGCAACAAUUGCUACCAUUAGCCAUGCGAACGAGAAGUUAUGUGAAAAAAGAUUGA